GACCAAAUACUCUUCCUCACUUCCGACCACCAGACCACCACGCGGCGCAGGAUAUCCGACCUCUUUGCGUCCUCUUCUCCUUCCCAUCUCAAAAUCCAGACAAAAUGGCUCCCCCAACUAAGAAGGGCAAGUCUAGCAAGACUACCAAGAAGUUCAUCAUCAACGCCUCGCAGCCUGCCAGCGACAAGAUCUUCGAUGUCUCCGCCUUCGAGAAGUUCCUGAACGAGAAGAUCAAGGUUGAGGGUCGCGUCGGCAACCUGGGCGACACCAUCCAGAUCUCCCAGCAGGGCGACGGCAAGAUCGAGAUCAUUGCCCACAACGAGCUGUCUGGCCGCUACCUCAAGUACCUGACCAAGAAGUUCCUCAAGAAGAUGCAGCUCCGUGACUGGCUCCGCGUCGUCUCCACCUCCAAGGGUGUCUACGAGCUCAAGUUCUUCAACGUUGUCAACGACGAGGCCGAUGAGGACGACGAGUAAGCGGCUCAUCGUAAUGGUAUUCGCACUUCGGACACUCUUGAUGGAACUGCGAACAGCGUAACUUCUCGAUGAAGAGGACGGCCGCUGGUGGAAUUCAGAAGAAGUGGUCGAGCAUGCCGGGCCGGGGAAGACUGUCAAAGCGGAACCGGUUCGUCGCAUGAUGGAUAGCACAUAAGGGAGGGCACUUGUCUGGCCUGGCUAGAAAAAAAAUACCAUCCAUGUUGCAUCC